GCGGGCGGUGGGGCAGCCCCUGCGCGGGCGGUUGCGCCCAUGGACGGCGCGUCCCCGCUGGAGCGGUACCUGGAGCGCUGCGCCGGGCAGGAUGACCUCUCAGCUAGUCCUCAGCUGUUUACUCCCAUGAGCCCUUAUGACGUAGACCUUCCAAUUCAGACAACUCCAGAUGCAUCAUUCAGUUCUCAAUUUAAUCAGCCCAAAGAGCUUCCUCCAGACUUCUCUUCUGUGGAUCUCAGCUUUCUUCCAGAUAUUAGCCAAGAUGACAGAGAACAAAAUCCAUCAGAAGAUGGUCAGGAAAGGCAAAAAGAGCUUGAUGGGUCAGUAUCAAGAAAUGAGGACAGCGGUAUCUUCAUGGAUGAAAGCAGUCUGUCGUAUCCAGAUGCAACCCAGCCAUCCUCCGAAACAUCUGGUGUCUGUCCUCCUCUGACACCAAUGACACCUAUGACCCCAGUAACACCUGCAUCAGAAAGCUCUGGCAUAGUUCCUCAGUUACAGAAUAUAGUGUCGACUGUAAACUUGGCUUGUAAACUAGAUCUGAAGAACAUAGCUCUGCAUGCCAGAAAUGCAGAGUAUAACCCAAAGAGGUUUGCUGCUGUGAUCAUGAGAAUCAGGGAACCACGAACAACAGCCCUUAUUUUCAGUUCAGGAAAAAUGGUCUGCACAGGAGCAAAAAGUGAAGAGCAAUCACGGCUUGCAGCAAGGAAGUACGCACGUGUGGUGCAGAAGCUCGGGUUCCCUGCCAAGUUUCUGGACUUCAAGAUACAGAAUAUGGUUGGGAGCUGUGACGUGAGGUUCCCCAUCCGGCUGGAAGGGCUGGUUCUCACGCACCAGCAGUUCAGCAGCUAUGAACCUGAACUGUUUCCUGGACUUAUUUAUAGGAUGGUCAAACCAAGGAUAGUGCUGCUCAUCUUUGUGUCUGGAAAAGUUGUACUGACUGGAGCAAAAGAGCGUUCUGAAAUCUAUGAGGCAUUUGAGAACAUCUAUCCCAUCCUAAAAGGUUUCAAGAAAGCAUCAGAACAUGGCCCACAAAGCAACUAAGAAUAGUACACGGGUUUGUAUUGCUGUGCAUGGUAUUCCUGUACCCAGCUAUAAACCUGUGAAUUAUUAAGCAAAUUAUGCUAUUCUGAACACUAAAAAAGCUGAUGUCUUUCUGUAGUUUAUGAAAGGGUUUUUUGCUUGGACAUUUGCUGUCUGUAAUCCACUUGAAUUCAAACAAUUUGUAUCAAGCUGAAAAUUUAGCCAAAUGAAUGCACUUGCAAUAGAAAUGUACGUUAAGGUUUCACUUAUGUAUUUUGUAAUAGAAGCAUGUGUCUCCUUCCUGUUAAGACAGGCGAAUCAACACUGCACUUAAAACUAGCUUUGUCAAUAUCCUCGGAGCAGUUCUAGUUCCUACAAUGUUGUAUUUUCAUGUUUAUUGUAGACAAAAAUACAGUUUGAGUUUAUAGUUUAAAAAAUCCA